GCAGACCAAUCUUCACGCGUUGUAAACAGGGGAAAGGCGUUGUGUAAUAGAGGGGUCGGUGAUGGCCGCGGCGGCGGGGCGCUGUGUGCAGCAGCUGCGGGGUGUAGUAGUACUCCGGCCGGCGUGUGCGUGGUCCCUACAGCCGCUGUGUGGAGCUGGACGGAGGUAUGCCACAAAGUCUGAUGGAGAUGGACCAGUUCCCAAGAUAUACACCAAAACUGGAGAUAAAGGGUUUUCCAGCACUUUCACAGGAGAGAGGAGGCCCAAGGAGGACCAUAUUUUUGAAGCCUUGGGAACAACAGAUGAGCUCUCUUCAGCUGUAGGGUGGGUGAUCAGUUCUAGACCAGAGCGUUGGUCGGUUCUGGAUAAUUUUUUGCUUACUGUUUUUCCUGUUCUUGUUUUUAGGCUGGCCAGAGAGUUCUGCCUGGAGAAAGGACAUUCCUUCACAGAUCAGCUGGAUAAGAUCCAGUGUGUUCUGCAGGACGUGGGCUCGAACAUCGCCACUCCACGAUCUUCAGCCAGAGACAGCCACAUUAAAAGGACUAAGUUCAGCAGUCAGCCGGUGUUGGAGCUGGAGAGCUGGAUAGACUCCUACACAGCAGAGCUUCCCCCGCUUACUAACUUCAUACUGCCGUCUGGAGGUAAAAGCAGUGCUGCCCUGCAUGUUGCCAGAGCUGUAUGUCGACGAGCAGAACGCUGUGUGGCUCCUAUAAUCCGCUCAGGUGAGGCUGACCCUGACGUCGGCAAGUAUCUCAACAGGUUGAGCGACUACCUGUUUACACUGGCCAGAUACGCAGCACUAAAGGAGGGAAACAAAGAAAGCAUCUACAGAAGACCAGAAUAAAGUCCUGAUUAUUAUAAUUAAAAACUAAAACUGCACAGUCAUCACAGACUCAUAACAGCAUAAACGCACAGAUUUUAUUUCCAGUGUAUUAUCUGAAAUGAAAAAUAAAUAUUAAUUUUA